AUGGCUCAGUCCGGCAAGUCCACCGCACAAAUGAGGAAAGCUUUGGUUUCAGAUGCUCCUGACCAGCAUGGUGUCACUCCCACUGUCUCAGAUACACUGCCAGCCUCGGAGGAUGACUCGGACGACGGAGAGUGGAUCCUGUUGCCUAGGAUACCACCAGAUAUGGCCCGACCUGACCUCAGUGGGCCUACCAGUCGCAAUGGAUCUGCAGCAGCCAAUACCCUGUCUCAGAUUUACAUCUGUGCUUUUCUGUUUGCUUACAUUUGUUGGAAGAAGCUCUAUGUCACAACAUGGGGAGGCUGGUCUGUAGAAUCACUGCAGGAGUGGGGCUCCUAUCUGAAACUGGCCAUUCCCAGUACACUAAUGAAGUGCUUUGAGUGGUGGAUUUAUGAAUGUGGUGUAUUCUUUGCAGGAAUGCUGAGUGAAGAUGAGCUGGCAGCCCAACAUGCUGUGUUAAUGGUGUCAUUCAUAACCUACAUGUUCCCACUUGGUAUUCAAGCUGCAGCAUGUGCCCGAGUGGGUAAUGCUCUCGGUGCAGGAGACACUGCCAGGGCGAUCCUCACAAGCAAACUAUCCCUCUCUCUCGCAGGUACCUUGGCUGUUGUUGAAGGUAUCAUACUUAUGUCUACCAAGACAGUGAUUGGCUACAUAUUCACCUCUGAUGAGAAGAUAAUAGGCCUGGUCUCUAACUUGAUGAACGCUUAUUGUUUCCUUCAGUUCUUUGAUGGUCAGGUGUGUGUGUGCACAGGCAUCUUCUUGGGCACAGGCAAACAGAAGAUACCAGCUGUGGCUAAUCUCAUUGGAUACUACGGCAUAGGACUUACACUGAGCAUCACAUUCAUGUUUGUUGCAAAAUUGAGAGUUUUAGGUUUUUGGCUGGGACUGCUCAUUUGUGUCAUUUUACAGUCCACCUUCUAUAUCAUUGUCAUAUUCAAGCUGAACUGGAAGAGAAUGACAGAGGAGGCUCUGAAACGAGCUCAGAACACACACAUGACAUUAAUAAGCACAGCUGAACUAUCAGACGCUGCAGGUGCCAACACUGCUGAACUGAUAGCAAUCAAUGGAAGUUCAGUGGAUGACUCCAUGUCUGUGAGUACUAAGUGUCAUGACGGGGACACAGAGACACAGCGUGGACAUGUGGUCCAGCAGGUUAAGACUGAUCGUCUCUCCACUGCCCAGCUGAUUCUCAGGCGAGGCCUCACUAUGUUUGCGGCUGUUGUUCUUCUGGUUGUGGGAGCAUGUGUGCACUUCCUUGUGCCCUUGCCAGAAACCCUGUCUUCAGAGGCCAACUUUACAAUGGACUGGAUCAAUACUACAUAUCCUCCUGAUCAAUUCUUUUCUACUACUCUGGUCCCCAAAUGAAAAGUCAGAUUCAUCUUGAGAGCCCAAGACAAUCAUGAUGUUUCUGUUUAAUGUCAAAAAUACAGCACAAAG